UGUUAAAGAUCCGAGGCCGUCGCUGUGUGCCUGGAUUCAUUUUACCGAUAAUCGAAGGAUUACUGAUUGGGAGAGAUCUUAAACUUGGCAACCGCUUAAAUAUUGGGUGUUUUGAUUUAUUUCAUUUUAUUUCUUGAGUUAAACAGUUUUUCCUCAAAUUAACACGACGAUGUAUAAGCAUUACAUUGACCAGCUCGAGAGUUUCAAUCAACGCGAGGCACCUGUGCGGAAAUUUCAACCACACGGCCUCUCGGAGAUGGAGAAGUUGUGGACCAACUUAAGUGGGGGUCAGAGCAAAUCUUUACUAAAAAAGCACCUAACUCCGGAAAAGUAUAAAUUACUUAAGGAUAAGAAAACCAGACUAGGGGGCACUCUGGCGGACUGCAUUCGAUCAGGAGCCCUGAAUCUGAACUCGCAUGUGGGAGUGUACGCCUGUGAUCCAGAGGGCUAUGAAACCUUCAAAGAUCUCCUUGACCCCGUCAUCUGUGACUACCACAAAGUGGACAAAGUUGCACAUCCCAAGUGUGACUUUGGACCUCAGGACAAUCUAGGCUUCGAUCCACUGGACGCAUCCGGAGAGUACAUUCUGUCCACACGUAUCCGGGUCGGCAGAAGCCACGAGGGUUUUCCUUUCCCCCCAGUCGCAAAUGAUGAGCAACGCAAGGAGAUGGAGAACAUGACGAAAAAGGCGCUGGAGGGAUUGAAAGACGACCUGGCUGGAAAGUAUUACUCCCUGGAAACCAUGACCCCAGAGGAAAACCAGCAACUCAUCGAUGACCACUUCAUGUUCAAGAACGACGACCAGAUGUUGGCUGAUGCCGGUGGAUACAAUGGCUGGCCAAAGGCCAGAGGAAUCUUCUUCAAUACCGACAAGACCUUCCUGGUUUGGAUUAACGAGGAGGACCAUCUCCGAUUUAUCUCCAUGCAGAAGGGAGGCGAUGUCGGAGAAGUCUACAGACGCCUAGUCAAAGCCAUUAAAGAAUUAGAAAAGAGUCUGAAAUUUGCGUACAGUGAUCGCCAUGGCUACUUGACCUACUGUCCCACUAACCUGGGUACAACGCUCCGAGCCAGUGUCCACAUCAAAGUUCCAAAACUCGCCAAGAAUGAGGAGGCACUGAAAAAGAUCUGCGCCGAUAACAAACUGCAGCCAAGAGGUAUUCACGGCGAGAACACAGAGAGUGUGGGAGGAGUCUACGACAUCUCCAACAAGCGACGACUCGGUCUGACGGAGUACCAGGCGAUUCAGGAAAUGUACAACGGAAUCAAGCAAAUCAUUCAAGCAGAGAAGGACGCUAAAAAAACAUGGCCUAUGUCUCUUGAUGAAUUGUGGAAAAAUCUAAAAGAUGCAACCGAUUGCAAAUCUCUGUUGAAGAAGCAUCUGACCCCUGAAAUCUACGAACAGCUCAAGGAUAAAAAAACAAAGUUCGGUGGAACUCUGAUCCAUUGCAUUAAAUCAGGUUGUAAGAAUCUGGACAGUGGCUGUGGUAUAUAUGCCUGUGACCCGGAGGGUUACGAUGUGUUCGAGGAUGUUCUUCACCCAGUCAUCAAAGACUACCACAAGGUCCCUGAGAUCAAGCACCCACAGCCGGACUUUGGCGAUCUUGACAACUUAGGGUUCGGUGACCUUGACCCUAGUGGGGAGUACAUUGUGUCCACCCGUGUUAGAGUCGGGCGAAGCCACGCCAGCUUUGGAUUUCCACCGGUCGUCAAUGCAGAGCAACGAAAGGAGAUGGAAAAAGUGUCUGUUGAGGCUCUGAAUUCCUUGGACGGCGAGCUGAAGGGAAAGUACUACUCCUUAGAAACCAUGACCCCGGAGGAAAACCAACAACUCAUCGAUGACCACUUCAUGUUUAAGAACGAUGACAGGUUCCUGCAAGAUGCUGGAGGAUACGAUGACUGGCCCAUUGGCAGGGGGAUCUUCUUCAACACCAACAAAACAUUUCUGUGCUGGGUGAACGAAGAGGACCAUCUCCGUCUUAUUUCUAUGCAGAAAGGAGGGGACUUGGCAGCUGUCUACAAAAGGCUCAUCACAGCCAUCAAGGAAAUGGAGAAGAAGCUCACCUUUGCUCACCAUGACAAACUGGGGUACCUCACCUUUUGCCCCACCAACCUAGGCACCACCUGUCGUGCCAGUGUCCACAUCAAAAUCCCGAAACUAUCCACCCAACCGGACUUCAAGGAGUUUUGUGAAAAACUUAAUCUGCAACCAAGAGGUAUUCAUGGAGAACACACUGAAAGUGUUGGAGGUGUUUAUGAUAUUUCCAACAAGCGCCGAUUAGGUCUUAGUGAAAUCGAGGCUAUCCAGGAAAUGAGGCGAGGUGUAGAGGAAAUCAUCAAACGGGAAAAGGAACUGCAGGGGAAGUGAGACAACCCAAAACCAAUACUUGAUGGAUUAGCCGGAAUGCUUAUGAACUGUGAUAAAUGAAUUGCUUUUUUUUUUUUAAAUAUUUCAUAUCAUUUUUUUCUUCUCUUUCUUGAUUUUCAGAGAAUUGUAUUAAACCAAUCAAAAAUUGAAAUAAAGCUGAAUCAGAUAAA